AGUGUCGUAAACAUCAGCAAAAGUCCUAUCAAUUCAAAUAAACCAGAUGGGUGUAUGAGAAAUGAAAAGAAGCAUAUCAAAGGAAAUUAAAGUCCAAGUCACAGAAAAUGGUGGGUGUAGGAGUGAGUGUAUCCGCAGCAAUGGUUGCAACUCUUUUCUUGGAAGUGGGAUUGAACACUCUAAUCAAAGCAGCAAACACCAAUGGAAUGAGUAAUUUUGUUUUCAUUGUCUACUCAAACUUCUUGGCUCUCUUCUUCCUUAUACCCUCCACCUUCCUCUACCACAGGAAAAGAGCUCCUCCCCCAAUUCCAAGCUCAAUUCUCUGGAGAAUUUUUCUUCUUAGUUGCCUCAGUACUGCAGUGCAGACGUUGACGUACACUGGGAUCGCAUAUAGCUCUCCCACACUAAACUCCGCUAUGUCGGACCUUGUCCCUGCUUUUACCUUCAUAUUUGCCAUUAUUUCCAGGAUGGAAAAUCUGAAUCUGAAACUGCGUAGCAGCCAUGCAAAAAUUAUUGGCACAGUGAUCUCGAUUGCAGGGGCAUUGAUAAUCACUUUAUACAAAGGAAUGCCAUUGACUGGCAGUUCUAUGAGAAACUUAGUAUUGGGUGGAAGUGAAGCUUACCUCUCAGUGCAAUUAGAUUGGAUAAUUGGUGGUUUUCUUCUUGCAACAUCUAGCUUGUGCCUUUCAGUUUUGUUUAUUGUUCAGACUUGGAUUAUCAAGGACUAUCCUGAAGAGUUAGUGGUAACAACCAUUUGUUGCAGCCCGGUGGUAAUCCUAUCUACCAUAGUAGCUCUCUUUGCAGAGGCCAAUCCAAGAGCUUGGAUACUCAAAUCUAAUAAAGAGUUGAUAGCUGUAUUUUAUUCAGCAAUAUUUGUUGUAUCAAUGCGGAGUGUUGUAUACACAUGGGCAAUGCGAAAGAAGGGACCCGUUUAUGUAGCUAUGUUUAGCCCUUUGGGAAUGGUCAUUGCAAUUGGAAUGGGGGUAAUAUUUCUGGGAGAGAGUCUGUAUCUUGGAAGUAUGAUUGGAGCUGCUACAAUAGGUAUUGGAUUUUAUGCUGUGAUGUGGGCUCAGGCUCAAGAUGAAAAACUGGUAAAUGAGAAGAAUGAAAACCAUGAUUUUGUCACAUCUUCUUCAGCUCCUCUUUUGUCUACCUAAAACAAGGAUUGCCAAUGCCAGUUAACCAGUUGUAAUUGUAAACCAUUUUGUAACAAACUUAAUUGUAUGCAGCUCUCUUAGAUAGGAUUAUAUAUAAUCUCAAAAUAUGUACUUUGAUUAUUACAGUGAAUACAGAAUACUGAAGAGCCAAUGCUCCUUUUUUUCUCUUUCUAUUCUUUGAAACCCAACUGGGAACAACGGGAUCAUCUUGUUUCUUGAA